AUGAAGGCGGCUGUGUCUGUGAUCUGUGCCAAGUUGACCGCCAUCGAAGAUGUCGGUGACACGGCAAGCAACUUUCAUCUGGUAAACCCCGGCUCUGUCAUGGUUUGGGCCCAAUUCUACCUUUCGCCAGAAGACUGGGAUCAAAUCAGUCGUGCUCAGGAAGAACAAGAAAAAAAUCGGUAUUUGGAAGCUGUGAUCGCGGCUAGGAAGCUGCCAGUCGAAACCACCAACGAUGUUGGCAUGAUACGAGUUUGUCCAACUUGCAGCAUCAUCAAGCCAGAUCGGUGUCAUCACUGUUCUACUUGUGAAUGCUGUCUCCUGAAAAUGGACCACCACUGUCCUUGGAUCGACAAUUGCGUGGGAUUCCACAACUACAAGUACUUUGUGGUGUUCCUGUUCUGGGGCUCCGUAUACUGCCUCUACAUCGUCUGCACCUCGAUAGCCUACUUCAUUGAAUUCUGGGAGAUCCGUUUUUUCAUCACUCGCUAUGACUCUCACCAGAAUCUGGACGAUUGCAUCGCGUUCGACCACGCGAUUGGCCAUUUCGUCUUCACCGAGGCUUGA